AUGAGCGAAGGACGUUUUCAGCACUUGCUGCAGCCCAUUCGGGAUCUGAGCAAGAAUUGGAACAUUGAUCUCGCUACUGAACUCGAGGAAUACAUGGACAAACUCGAGACCCUCAGCAUCUCGUUUGAUCCCGAAGAUGGUGCUAGUAUCGCAAGCAAUAGUGAAGGUGGCAAUGUUAUGAAUUUUGCCGAAGCAGCGUUGCUAAUUCAAGGCACGAGCGUCAUUUACAGUCGCAAAGUCGAGUAUCUCCAUGCCCUCGUGUACCAGACACUGGCACAUUUAUCAAAACAACAGGAUGACACACAGCAAAGUCAUUUGAACGGGGGAAUAGAUGCGAAUCCAAUCGAAAGAGACGAGGAAGAAGUGGAAAAAAGUGUCUUUUUGAAUCCGUUGCCUCUUUAUGAUAGUUUGGAAGAAGCCAAACCGACCCAUAUCACUCUUAAGAAAUCGCUUCAAGAUGACGAGUCUGAAAAGGUUCAAAGAACACGAAAAGAUGGUAGAGCACUGAAUCAAAGCAAGAACAAUAUUCAAGCAUCGCUCGCACUAAUGGGGUCACUUGUGCCCGAUGAUCGUGAGCAUGGAGAGACAUUUAAGUUACUGUCAUGCAAUUUGCAUGCUAGUGGCGUACUGCUGUUAGACGAAGCGAGUAAAAAGUAUUUGCAACCAAUGAAUCAUGUGGCUAUGGAUCAAUCUCUUGCAUUUGGCGAGACACCAGGGCGACAGAGAGGCAUGUGGAUCAAUUCCGAGGGUGAGCCUCCUCCCAUUACUACGUUAAAUUUUGAUGAUAUCGACGAUGAAAAUGAACCUGUUGACCAAUUUGAUUAUCACUUUGAGGAUAAUAUGAAUGAUACUGCAAGUUCUCCACAUCAGGACAUUGCAACUGAUGAGUUACCACGAAAUGGAACUUUAGAAACAGAACGACAAGUUGUGACAGAUAAGGUACCGAGUGUGGAAAAAGACCCUUGGACUCCUCUCGAUGCGUACGAUGCGAGUUUGUCUAUUGUGCGACCAUUUCGAAAGGGACGAUCAUAUCCACGAGUCCCAACUUACAAAAAGAAGAAACGUUUGAUUGCACAUAGUAAUAAAGACCACGCGGUUGGAUUAGAAGACGAGAAUGAACAGGAUGGAUUAUCUGAUCUAGCAUUUCAAGAACGUUUCUUCAAACACUCAAAACAACCACAAUGGACUUCGUGGAUCUACACGGAAACGUCAAGUGAAAAUCCGCUAGAACAAACAUGCAAGCGCUCAUUUUGUAAGCGUUUGCUACUCGUUCAAACGUGCGUAGAAUUGUGGCAACGCGAGGCAAAGUGGCGGAGUAUCAUGCGGCGACUUGAAGCGCGUGAAAAAGAGAGCGCACACGCGAUUUUGCUUCGAGAGCAAGCGAUGGAAGAAGAGGAGCGUAUGGAAAAGGAUCCAAUUACUCUAUCAACUGCACCAGCUCGACUGGAUUCGGCUUAUGAUGGAAUUGGGAAUGAAGAUGACAGUGAUGAUGAUAUGAUUCAUGACGAUGGAAUUGAGUGUGCAGAUUUGGAACAAGGUCCCGAAAUGAGUGAAAGUUUGAGCUCAUUUCAGGAUCAAUCGAGUGCAUUGGUCACUUAUGAAGAUAUUUGUCGGCAACAUUUAGCAAGUUUCAUGGCAGGAACGGAAAAAUAUGUGCGCGAAACUGAUUUGAGCAAACAAGUGACUGAGUGGCAAGAGAAACUCACGCCAUUAUUAAAGCAACAAGACACUCGACCACCUUUUGAUAUUCAUCAAUACGGUCGUGAAAUUCUUUCUCGUUUACAAACACAGCAACAGGCAAAAGGAGUUACAAAAAAACGCACGAAAAAACGUACACGCAAUAAUGACGAGACCGAUGCAGUAGCAUUUGAUACGCUCGUCCAUGGUACAAGUUCAUUUGAGGUCUGUCGCCUCUUUUUAGCGUCGUUACAAUUAGCAAACAGUGGCAAUGUAGCACUUUCACAUGCUCAAACAGCAGCAGAUCAUGACCAAGUACCAUUUAAAAUGCGGUUACUUAGUUCUACUAAUGCUUACGAAGCGCUGCAAGUUUAA